AAUCUUCUUAUCCAGUGUGCACUUAUCAUUUCCAUCAAUGGCCUUUCUUCUUCCUUGUGCACUCGUCUCCACCCAUCUCUGUACAUCUCAUUCUGUUUAUUUCUCUCCAAACUAAUCCAUCAAUGGAGAGUAACCUCAUCAUACUCAGUAAAUCAAGGCCUCCGUCUUUAACCCCUUCAUCCAGUGUAAAUGGCACUCAACUGGAGUUCCACCCCAAGAAUAUCAAACCCAUCUCCAGAGUCUCUUUCGCCAAAAAUUCGAAACCUAUCAAUACCCGCUUGGAUAAACUCUGCGUGGAAGGUCCCCUGAGCGAGGCUGUGAAAAUUCUUGACUCUCUCGCUCAACAAGGGUCCUCUGUCAGACCCAAAACCUACAUUAAUUUGCUACAGUCCUGCAUUGACCAAGAAUGCAUUGGGUUGGGUCGAGAAUUGCAUGCUCGAAUUGGUUUGGUGGGGGAGGUUAACUCUUUUGUUGAGACCAAGCUGGUGAGCAUGUAUGCAAAGUGUGGGGAUUUGGGAGAGGCUCGGAAGGUGUUUGAUAAAAUGCGCGAGAGAAAUUUGUAUGCUUGGUCGGCCAUGAUUGGUGCUUGCUCAAGAGGGCGGAGUUGGAAGGAAGCUAUAGAGCUCUUUUAUCGUAUGACGGAGGAUGGUUUUUUGCCUGAUCAGUUAUUGAUUCCGAAGAUUAUGCUGGCGUGUACAAAGUGUGGUGAUUUUGAGACAGGGAAGUUGAUACAUUCUCUAGCUAUUAGAUGUGGGAUGAGCAAUUCUAUGCGUGUGAAUAAUUCAAUUCUGACUAUGUAUGCUAAGAGUGGGGAUAUGAAUGGUGCGGAGAAGUUUUUCGCCAAUAUGGGUGAGAGGGAUAUGGUGAGUUGGAACGCUAUAAUAAGCGGGUAUUGCCAGAAGGGUGAGAUUGAACAAGCUCGUGCAUAUUUUGAUGCAAUGCAUGAGGAGGGAAUCGAGCCUGGUUUAGUAAUUUGGAACGUAUUAAUUGCAAGUUACAAUGAGUUAGGGCGUUGUGAUUCUGCGAUGGAACUAAUGAGGGAGAUGGAGAGUGUUGGUAUCACGCCAGAUGUAUAUACUUGGACUUCAAUGAUUUCAGGGUUUGCUCAGAACAGCCGGCUAAAUCAAGCAUUUGAAUUGUUAAACAGGAUGUUCUUAGCAGGGAUAGAACCCACUGAUAUUACAUUAGCUAGUGCAAUCUCAGCAUGUGCAACCUUGAAAUCGCUAGAUAUGGGAUUGGAAAUCCAUUGUGUGGCUGUUAAGAUGAGUUUGGUUGGCUAUCUACCAGUUGCGAAUUCACUUAUUGAUAUGUACUCAAAGUGUGGGAAUCUGGAAGCUGCCCAGCGAGUUUUUGAUAUGAUGUUAGAAAGAGAUGUAUACUCUUGGAACACAAUUAUUGGAGGAUAUUAUCAAGCAGGUUACUGUAGCAAAGCCCAUGAAUUAUUUAUGAGAAUGCAGGAGUCUGAUGUAUCACCUAAUGUUGUCACCUGGAACAUAAUGAUCACAGGAUAUAUACAAAAUGGGGAUGAAGAUCGGGCAUUGGAUCUUUUUCAAAGAAUUGAGAAGGAUGGGAACAUCAAGCGAAAUACUGCAUCAUGGAAUUCUUUAAUUUCUGGUUACCUGCAAAGCGAACAGAAGGAUAAAGCCUUUUGGAUAUUUCGAAAGAUGCAGAUUUCCCAUAUCACUCCCAACUCAGUUACAAUAUUGAGCGUUCUCCAUGCCUGUGCUAAUUUAGUUGCAGGAAAGAAAGUGAAAGAACUUCAUGGUUGUGCCCUGCGUCGAAAUCUAACAUCCGAGACUUCUGUAUCAAAUUCAUUAAUUGCCACUUACGCUAAGGCAGGGUAUAUAACAUAUUCAAGAACCAUUUUUGAAGGUAUGACAUCAAAAGACAUCAUCAGCUGGAACUCCUUGAUUGCAGGCUAUGUUUUACAUGGUCAAUCUGAUUCGGCUCUUCAACUCGUUCAUCAGAUGAAGAAUGAAGGAUUGCAACCUAGUAGAGGUACUUUUGCAAGUAUCAUCUUAGCUUACAGUCUUGCAGGAAUGGUGAAUGAGGGGAAGAGUACCUUCUCUAGCAUCACUGAAGAGUAUCAGAUUAAACCAGGUCUAGAACAUUAUGCUGCUGUAGUCCAUUUACUUGGACGUUCAGGUAAGCUUGCAGAAGCUAUGGAGUUCAUAAGAAAUAUGCCAAUCGAGCCUAACUCAUCAGUAUGGGCUGCUAUGCUGACUGCCUGUAGAUUUCACAAAAAUUUCGGAUUGGCAACUCUUGCAGGGGAACAUCUGCUUACCUUGGAACCUGGAAACAAUGUAAUUCGCCAUUUACUUUCACAGGUAUAUUCUUUAUGUAGGAAAAAUUGGGAAGCUCCAAAAAUGACAAAAUCUGAGAAACCUAUUGGGAAGUGCUGGAUUGAAACAAAAAAUAUGGUCCAUACGUUUGUUACUGGUUCUGGGUCUGAACCUCUCUCGGAAAAACUUCAUUCUUGGGUUGAAAGGGUAGCUUUAAAGAUCAAGAAACCUGUUUCUGAAAUUGGGGUUUGGAUUGAGGAAGAAGAGGAGGAGGGCAUUGGUGUUGUACACAGUGAAAAACAAGCAUUUGCAUUUUCUUUGAUAGAUUCUCAUCACAACGCAAAUAAGGCAAUCAGGAUAGUGAAAAAUUUGAGGAUGUGUAGGGAAUGUCAUAGAACAGCUAAAUAUAUAUCGCAGGCAUAUGGGUGUGAAAUAUUUGUAAAUGAUUCGACUUGCUUCCACCAUUUCAAAGGUGGACUUUGUUCAUGUAAGGAUUAUUGGUAGGGUGGAUGAAUAUGAGAAUCAGUUUCUCCAAAA